CCCUCCUCCCUCCCCUCAGUCGGCGUCAAUGGCGGCCGAGGCGGAAGGCGAGCGGGGAGAGGGAGCGGCGGGGGUGAAGGCGCCCGUCCGCGCCGGCCCAGGCGCAAGGGAGUUUUCACCCGUGUACGUGACGGUGCGUGUGUGUUUUUCUACCAACUUUUGAAGGCCGUGCUCUUUGAACUCUACAGCUUUGUGUUAUUCUUGGAAAAUUUCGCUCCACUUGUGAAUUCCUUGAACCUGGGCAUUGCAAGCCCACUUCUGUUGGGCCCAUCUCCUUUGCAGCUUGCUCAGAUUAAGACUCAGUUGGCUCUCCGGCAGUUGAACACCGUUGCCUCGCAUGUGGGUCCGGCAGCACCCUGUGCCUUGUUCAAUCAGGCCGUCCUGAAAAUAGCCAUGUCGAGGCCUAUGUUCGAUCCUCGCGGACCCUUUCCAGGUCAGAGGCCAAGAGCACCUAACUCUUCCGGAAUGAAGCCUCGGGGAGCUUUUACGAGAACGGGACCGCCGGGCCCACCCAGGCUGCCCCCGGCAGGAAGAGCCCAAGGGAUCCCACCGCGAUUCGGGGGCCAAGAUUCUCACCAGAGGACGGGGGCCCCGAGGGCGAACCUCCAAGCCGCGCGGCCCCAGCUGGAUCCGCGGCCGACCGGGGAGAAAGCGGAUCUGCAGGAGACGCCGCUGAAGAUCAAGACCCGCGUCAGUCGGUGGGACAGCAGCCCCCACCCGCCGGCGGCCGCCGCCCCGAAGCGCCCGGCGCCGCCCACCCCUGACCAGAGUUCCAGAGCCCAGAGUCGUUACACCAACGAGAGCGCCUCGAGCAUCCUGGCGAGCUUCGGGCUGUCCCACGAAGACCUGGAGGAGCUCAGCCGCUACCCCGACGAGCAGCUGACCCCGGAAAACAUGCCGCUGAUCCUGAGAGAGAUCAGGAUUCGAAAAAUGGGCCGCCGGCCGCCCGCUCUGCCCUCUCAGAGUAGGGGGAAAGAGCCGCGAGGCCGCGAGGCCGUUCCGAGCAGCGUCAUCGAUUACGGGCACGCCAGCAAAUACGGCUACGCCAAAGAGCCGCGCGAGGCGCGGGCGUACGACCCCGAAGUCCCCACCGAAGAUAGCGGGCCCGAGUUUCCGCCCCAGCCUGACAUUUCCCUGUCCGGUGGUGGUCCUCCUCCUCAUCCUCCUCCUCCUCCUCCUCCUCCUCCCGCGUGCAGCCCGAUGUUUCCCGUUGGAGAUCUGACGAGGCCGACGGGUUUCCGCGGGGAGCCCUCGAGCGGUCGGCCGUAUUUCCCAGCCGACGGGGCGAGCGAGAUGUCCAGACUGAACGCCGCUCCGGGAGGACAGGCGGUCCUCGAACCGGGCAACUGUAGGAGCCAGUCUCUUGGCCAUCCCCUGAGCCAUUCCGUCGGGUCCCCGGCGAGCCCGUCCGUAGCGCCGCCCUCCUUUCCGGCUGAAUUGAUUUCAGCUCCGAGCCAACCCGAAAGGAUGCCGCACGAGCCCGGGAUCGAUCCGGCCGACGCGCAGAUUGGAUCUGCCGCGGGCCGGAAGGGUUACCCGGCACAGGACGAAGCUCCCAUUCAGUCUCCCUUUGGAGUCGUCAAAGCGUCUUGGCUCCCUAAGUUUUCCCAGGCAGAUGCCCAGAAGAUGAAGAGACUCCCAACUCCUUCUAUGAUGAACGAUUAUUACGCUGCGUCACCGAGAAUAUUUCCACAUAUGUGUUCUCUAUGUAACGUAGAGUGUAGUCAUUUGAAGGAUUGGAUUCAGCAUCAGAACACCCCUACCCAUAUCGAGAGCUGCCGACAGCUAUGCCAACAGUAUCCUGACUGGAAUCCUGAAGUUCUUCUGAGAAGAAAUGAUGGAGAGAGGAAAGAGAACCAGACUCCAAAGAGACAUCCCGACUCGACCGGCUCCAGCCCCAGACACUGUAGGGGAUCGAGCUCGGGGCAUAAAUUCCACCGCUCCCGGUCUAGAAGCCCCUGUCGUUAUGGCCAGAAUAGAGCCAGGAGCCGGAGUCCGAGGCCGCCGUACCGUUUUAGCCCCAGACACAGGUCCAGGUCGCCGCAGCGAUCGAGGAAUCCGCUUCGGUGCAGCCCGAGGCCCCAGAGGUCCGCCAGCACCGACUGGUCGUCUAAGAGAGCCGUCAGAUCUCCAGACAAAAAAGCCGCCUUGGAAGCCGUGGUACAGAGUUUGGGGCACGGCUUUGUGGCGGAGUUUAAUAAGCAGAAAAACCUUCGAGCUGCCGAAAAAGCCCAGUCUGCCGCGCAGAAGAUCCCCUACCACGCCGGCCUGAAAAAAGUUCCAGUCCCCGCAAGGAGCGUGCAGAAAGAGCCGAUCUCGAAGAUUCCUGAAAAUCCCAACCUGACGAAAAAUCACAUGAUGUCCAAUAAAGGCAAGCUUUCCCUAAGCAAGAUCUGUCAAGACAAAUUCCUGAAUUGCGGUACAGUAAUUCACAUAUCGGACCUACCGGACGAUGGCUACACGGAGCAAGAUAUAAAAAAAUUGGUCCAGCCCUUUGGGAAAGUCAGUGAUCUCCUGAUUAUUCCAUCGAGAAAUGAGGCCUACUUGGAAAUGCACUUUAAGGAGGCGGUGACGGCGGCGGUCAAGUUCAGCGAAACGGAGCCGGUCCUGGUCAAGGGAAGACGUGUAAAGAUGUGGGCAGCGGGAAGGAAGACGCUGCUGGCCCUCCCUGCCCAGAUCAGGAUGGAUUCGGAUGCAGUUACUUCCCAAAUAAAAGAUGUUACCCCGAUUUUAAAAAAGGAUACAGGCAUUUUAAAGAUGGUUAAAUCUGUGACCUCACUGGCAUCGACUGGUCCAAAGAGGAUCCCAGAAAUGAAGAAGAUAGACCUCAAAGCUAAGGAAUCUCUAAAGCCCACUACGGGACCAGAGAAUCUUGGGCCGGCCGGCGUCGCCUCCUCUGACUGUAACAGACCAGUGGGGACUCUACUAGUCAGAGCAGGUACAGAGACCAAUGAAAACGUAGAGCCGGCCAGUAAGCGGGAACCUGAAGACGUGUGCGUGGUCGCUGUUUCAAAUUUGCCGGAAAAAGGAUAUUCCAUAGAAGAAGUUUCUAACCUCGCAAAGCCAUUUGGUGGAUUGAAAGAUGUUUUAAUUAUGACAACUCAUAAAAAGGCAUAUAUGGAAAUCAGUAGGAAGUCUGCAGACUCCAUGGUUAAAUUUUACACCUGCUUCCCGAUGUCCGUGGAUGGAAGUCAGCUCUCCGUAAGCCUGGCGCCGGAAAACACUGACAUAAGAGAUAAGGAAGCGGUAUUUAUGGCUUUGAUUAAGGAGUCCGAUUCCAAGGCAAAUCUGGAUACUAUUUGCAGUCAUUUUGUGCUUCUUGGUAACUUACCGGAUGAUGGGUAUUCUGAGCUCGAAUUAGUUUGCGUCGGCCUCCGAUUUGGAAAAGUGGAUCACUACGUCGUGUUCAGUAAUAAGAAUCAGGCAAUCAUUCAGUUGGACAGUCCUGGGUCGGCUAAGACAAUGUGCAGUUUCCUACAACAAUAUCCAUUUAACCUGGGUGACAAAAUACUGACCUGUGCGUUAUCGACCAAGAAAGCAUUGCCGAAGGUUCAAGUUAUAAAAGAACAAGAACAGAGAAAAGAAAGCCCUGGCUUGAAAAACUAUCCUGUUGGGACAAGCGAGGUGCGAACAGCAGCCGAUAAAUCUCCAGUAAACCCUACUGUGAUUAAGAAGGAAGCGAGCCCCACAGCCAACAUCCAAAUCAUCCCUUUCAGGCCAAAGACCGAAUCCUUCAAGGGACACCCCGAAAGAGCAGCGUGGAACUUGGGUCCCGCUUCCGGGCCGGCGGGAGUCGAACAGUCCGCGAGGGAGGCCGAAGUGGAAUUAGCCGACUCGGCAUCCAUUUUGGCCAACAUUGGAUUAUCCUCCGAAAUCUGGGAGGAGUGCUCCGCCGAUCUUCAGAGUGAAGACUUGCUGACCGAUGACUACGCUCUAGUGUUCUCCCAGUCUCCUGACCUGUCCCCCGACGGAAAGCCAGGAGAGUCCUCCUGUGAAAACGACUUCUUCUUUACGGACCAGCCUAGAAUUUCACCGUCCCUAUCCGAUGAAGACGCGGCGGAAGUCGAGGUGCCUGGAGUGAUGAGGGAAGGGUUGCCCCUUCUCUAUUCUGGGAACUCGCUGGAGGGGAUUUCCGUGGAGGACGAACGGGCGGUGAGCACUCCGGAAACUCCCGAGAAAAGCAGUGACGCCGAAGGAAAGGAAGAGGACGGGGAAGAGCUCGAGGAAGCCGGGACCGAGACCAGAACUCGCCCGGACGCAGGGGAAGAGAAGCCCGACAAGAACGAAGCCAAGGCAAGCGUGGAUAUGGUGAAGUUGGAAAAGGUGGCCCUGGGGGUGAGAGAGACGGCCCCGUGGAGCCCCACGACCAAGACCUGCCGGGCCAAAGGGCCGUGGCAGGCGAAACCCAGUGAGCUUCCUAAAACGGGCCCCCAAGUUGUAUCCCCCGCGGCCAAGAGCAGAGUCACCUCCAGGGUCGUCCUCAGCUCCCCGAGCCCGUCGAAGGCGAGAGCCGUCGUUCGGCCCGUCGAGACCGGACCCGAAGACCCGAAAGCCUUCUCCAGGCCUGAGCUGAGAAGCCGCCCGAUCGCCGAGAAGAGACUUGCGUCCGGAGAAACGGGUCCCCUUCGAGCCGGCGGGGGCCGGACCGGUCUGCCGGGGGGCGGCUGCAAGGCUAAGCUCAGUCUCAGCCCGACCGCCAGAGGGGGAGGCGGAAAGAGCCCGAUCCAGCAAGACAAGGACCCUAGAGUGGAAUGUAGGGGUAGUUCAAAGCAGUCUCAAGAAAGACUGAGUAGAACUGCCAUCGUGAAGAUGGAGGACAGCAGCAAUAAGGCUCCCGCUGGGCGAAACGUCAAGAAUCUUAAAACCACCAUCAGUAGAAAUGUCCAGCCUAAAGAGGAGGAGGAGCUCUUCCCAUUUAAUUUGGAUGAGUUCGUUACGGUGGACGAGGUGGUGGAAGAGGUGGAUCCUCCCACGCCGGCCAAGGUUCCUCCGCCGAGAGGGAAGAGGAAAGAGCCCCCCAAGAACACCCUCUUCCCCGAGCUCGGCUCGAAGAGGCGGAAAGAGAAGAGCUCGGGACCCCGCCUGGUGGAGAGCGAGCUCUCUUUUGUCACGCUCGAUGAGAUCGGGGAAGAGGAAGAGGCCGGGCGGCCGGCACCCGGGGAGCCUCCCGUCCGGGCGGGGGGCCGCCCGCGGGCCCUGCUCACCGUGGACGAAGUGGCCGACGAGGAGGAGCUGGCUCCAGGAGCCGGUCGCCCCCGUUCCCUGGUCACUCUGGAUGAGAUCACCGAGCAGGAGGACGGCCCUCCCCGCGGCGGGGCCAAGGCCGGGGCCCCGCCCUUGGCGGAUGACGACGAGCGGGAGCCCUUGGUCACGGUGGAUGAGAUCGGGGAAGUGGAAGAGCUCCUCUUGAGCGAGUCGUCGGCCCCGAACCUCGGCCCCAAGGGCGAAGGGGACGGCGGCGGGAGGGGCCCCCUGGACUUCCUCUCGGCCGAGCUGCCGGAAGACCCCGCCGCCUUGGUCACCGUCGACGAGCUCCACGACGAGGGCCUAUACCAGCCUCUGGUCACCUUGGACGAGGUGACGGAGGAGGACGAAGAGUUCCUGGAAGACUUCAACAGCCUGAAGGAAGACCUCAACUUCGUGACCGUAGACGAGGUCGGGGAGGAGGAGGAGGGAGAAGGUGGCGUCCCGGCGGUCGCGGCCCACGAAGCGGACAGUUCCACCGUGAAGCCGGAGCCCCGGGAACGGGCGGAGGCGGUAGAUAAGAGGGCCAGGAGAGGUGCCGCUUCCCUCGGUAAACCGCAGGAGAAGCCGGAGGUCGCUCACGGCAGGGAUCUGAGGAGUAAGAAGGCCUUGGAGAUGGCGCCCCGACCGGAGAUGGCCCGACAGCCGGCAGGGCCCUGCUUGCGCAGGGCUGGGACGCUUCAGGGGAGCGAGGUCAAACCGGAAAGCAAGCAGCAGCCUCCAGCUAAAAUCCCGGCUAAGAGAGGGAGACCCAGGAAAAGGCCGUUGCCCGAGGAUGUCACCGCGGCAGAGCCGGCGAAGCCCCAAGAGGGCCCCCGGGCCCCCGUGGCCAAAACGGAGCCCACGGCGGACGUCCCGGCCCCCGGGGACCGGCGGCGGCUGCCCUCUGCCCUUCCGGCAAAGGGGCAGAACACAAGGAGAAGCGUGGCCGUCCCUCCAGCAAGCGGUCAGAGUGAGGACGGGGCGCGGCCCGCCGCGAAAACGGAUCCAGCUGCGGAGAUGCAUCCUCCCAAGGCGCAGCCAAAGGGAGAGGAGAAACAGCCACUCGGGAAACCCGGGAAAGUCCAGUCAAAAGCAGGAAAUGCAGCACCAGAGAAAAAGCGGAGGAAAGCAGAGGAUUCUUCACUAGGCAAGUCAAAGACCUCCAGUUUUCCUCAAGGUUUAGAUUUUCUCGUUCCGAAGGCUGGUUUCUUCUGUCAGAUUUGUUCCCUCUUCUAUUCGGAUCAGUCAACCAUGGCAAACCACUGCCGGGGGGCCCGGCACCAGCAGAACAUGGAGAAAUUCAUAGCCAAGCAAAAAGAAGAGAGAGAACGGAAAGAAGCCGAAGAGAAGAGCGCCACGUGAUCCGGAGGAGGAGGAAUUCGUUAAGAAUUCAUUUAGGGUCCAGUCGGUUUGUGUAUUUUGUUAUAGCUUGAUUUGUAAUUUUGUUCCCGAGAAACUGUUCAUGUUGUACAAACUUAUGAAUACACCUGAUGAAGAAGACUAUGCCGGGGAAAUGUAUAAUGGGUUUGAUUUUUAUAUCAAAUCAUCUGGCCUAGCGAAACAUCUUUUGCAAGUGUUGCAAUAAAUGUUCCUACUGUAUAGUUCACA